AUGGCCGCCUCGAAGCCCGUGGAGGCCGCUGCUGCGGCGGGGGGAGGUGGCGGCGGCUCCGGCUCGGGGCUGCCGCGCUGGCAGGUGGCCCUGGCGCUGGGGGCGCCGCUGCUGCUCGGGGCCGGCGCGCUCUACCUGUGGGUCCGGCGGCGGCGCCCGGCGCGUGGGAAGGGGCCGAGCGAGAGGAAGACGCCGGAGGGAAGGGCCAGCCCGGGCCCCGCCGCCCCCCGGGGCAGCCAGCCCGACGGGCCCGGACACGAGGAGAUGAGCCCUCUUGAUAGAGCCCAAGCAGCAAAGAACAAAGGCAACAAGUAUUUUAAAGCAGGAAAAUAUGAGCAAGCCAUUCAGUGCUACACAGAGGCCAUCAGUUUAUGCCCCCCUGAGAAAAACAUUGACCUUUCUACUUUCUACCAGAACAGAGCUGCUGCAUAUGAACAACUGCAAAAAUGGAAAGAAGUGGCACAAGAUUGCACAAAGGCAGUUGAGCUUAAUCCUAAAUAUGUGAAAGCUCUCUUCAGACGUGCAAAGGCGUAUGAGAAACUAGAUAAUAAGAAGGAAUGUUUAGAAGAUGUCACUGCGGUCUGUAUUUUAGAAGGUUUCCAAAACCAGCAAAGCAUGUUGUUAGCUGAUAAAGUUCUUAAACUCCUUGGAAAAGAAAAGGCCAAAGAGAAAUAUAAGAACCGUGAACCUUUGAUGCCCUCUCCACAGUUCAUCAAAUCUUACUUCAGCUCUUUCACAGAUGACAUAAUCUCCCAAACUCUGCUUAAGGGUGAGAAAUCUGAUGAAGAUAAGGACAAGGAAGGGGAGGCCUCAGAAGUUAAAGAAAACUCUGGAUAUUUAAAGGCAAAGCAGUAUAUGGAAGAAGAAAACUAUGAUAAAAUCAUCAGCGAGAGCACAAAAGAAAUUGACGUUAAAGGCAAAUAUAUGGCAGAAGCUUUGCUGCUGCGAGCCACUUUCUAUCUGCUUAUUGGCAAUGCAAAUGCUGCCAAACCUGAUCUAGAUCAGGUCAUCAGUAUGGAAGAUGCUAAUGUAAAGCUCCGUGCUAAUGCCCUGAUCAAACGAGGUAGUAUGUAUAUGCAGCAGCAACAGCCUAUGCUGUCCACUCAAGAUUUUAACAUGGCUGCUGAUAUUGAUCCUCAGAAUGCAGAUGUUUACCACCACAGAGGACAGCUGAAAAUCCUUCUUGACCAAGUUGAAGAGGCGGUGGAAGACUUUGAUGAAUGUAUUCGAUUACGACCAGAUUCUGCCUUGGCACAAGCACAGAAAUGUUUUGCAUUGUAUCGCCAAGCCUAUACUGGAAAUAAUCCUUUACAAGUUCAAGCAGCUAUGAAAGGCUUUGAGGAUGUCAUUAAAAUAUUUCCAAGGUGUGCUGAAGGUUAUGCGCUCUAUGCUCAGGCAUUAACAGAUCAGCAGCAAUUUGGUAAGGCUGAUGAAAUGUACGAUAAAUGUAUUGACCUUGAGCCAGACAAUGCUACUACAUAUGUUCAUAAAGGUUUACUUCAACUUCAGUGGAAACAGGAUCUAGACAAAGGCUUGGAGCUCAUAGGCAAGGCCAUCGAAAUUGAUAACAAAUGUGAUUUUGCAUAUGAAACUAUGGGAACGAUUGAAGUGCAAAGAGGCAAUCUGGAUAAAGCCAUUGAAAUGUUCAACAAAGCUAUUAACCUGGCCAAAUCUGAAAUGGAGAUGGCCCACCUCUACUCACUCUGUGAUGCUGCCUAUGCCCAGACAGAAGUUGCAAAGAAAUAUGGACUGAAACCGCCAACAUUGUAAAGAAACAAUGGGGGGGAGGGAGAGAAUAACCUUUUAAAAGUAAAGUUGCCCACUUCAACCUAGCCUUGAAGACACUGUUGCAAACGAUGUUGAAUGGUGGAACUUAGUUUUUUCCCGUUUGUGGUGUUGUCAUUUGUUACAUCUGUUAAAUGUUUAGGUGUUGUGGGAGUGGCUGUUGAAGGAAGUAUGCUGUGCUGCGACUUGUUCCCUAUGCAGUGGAAACCUUACCAGCUGUUAAGGGAAAUAAAACAAAGUUGCAAGGGAACAAAGGAUAUUUUGGCCAUGCAAAUAAAAACUUUAAUUUUUGGGUGAUGAUGAUGAUGUGGUCGAUUUUUGCUUUAUCAAAAUAGAAUUUUACAGCAUGUUUUCCUGUUGAUUUUAUAGUUGUUAAUGGUGCUGUAAAAUAGGUUUCUUUUAUAUGCAAUUAAUUUCUAUGGGUUGACUUUAGUUUUGCAAAAACAAAACUUAAUUUACAAAACUAUUUAAUUGUAGGGAUUUUUUAAAAGCCAAUAGAUGUGAAGACAAACCCUGUAAAUACAUCCAAGCAUGCACAAUCUUCCCUUACAACCUCUUCCACCCUCUGCAUAACUACUUAGAAAUAGUCCUGUGGCAGCUAUGAAGAGGUUACUUUGGUAGUCCUUUCCCUCUCCCCAAAAUGCACUUGUGUACUAUAUUUGAGAGCUAUUUAAAAAAGCUUUCCACAUAAAGCGUAGGUUAUGCUGAAAAGGAAAAUGCCCUUUCCUUCUACAGUUGUCCUCACUCUAAUGCCAGUGGAAAUUGUUAAAAAGUCUCCCCGUGCUUCUGAGAAUUUUUCAAGAAACUGAAUGUUCUGCUGAGACUGGAACUGCCAAGGUACGGUCGCGUCUGAGUUCAAACUUGGGACAGUUUAGACUUUUGGCCUAGAUGUAACAGAUAAUAUGGUGUUUAAAUUUCAACUCAAGAAAUGCAUACAUCCUUGUUCUAGCCAAGUGUUUGUAAAUACCCAUGAGAGGGUUGGAUGAGAAAAUGAACAAAGCUGUCUGAACUGCCCAAUAAUGGAUUUGGAAUCUUAAUUUUCUUGUUACUUAGAGCCCAUAUUUGCUAAAAUGACAAAUAUUCUGUACAAAUAACACAAUUGUUCAGUGAACAGCACGUUCUUUCUGAUUGACUUUUUCUUAAAACACUAGUAUAAACGAAGUCUUCCUAUGGCUAGAAAUUGUAAAGGGGACUGUAGAUGCUGCUCAUUACUCUUUGGAACCAAAGUCAGUCCAGGAUUGCCUCCCACUAGCUUCAUGGGAUGUAGGGAGCUCUUAAUAUCUUGCAGACGUUUAUCUUGCAUCUCAUCAAAUUUCAUACCUUUAGUUUUGGGUCUUAUCUCCACCCCCAAAAUAUAUGCAAAUCUAUGGUGACUUUCUAAUCUAUGUCACUUAAAGGAAUGAGCUAAGCAAGUGCAAAACUAACUGUUAGCUCUGGCAUCUAAUGGGGGCAAGCUGUAUUUUUUUUACCUCAGCCUCCCUGUCUUUCCCCUUCCCUCCCAGCAAUUGCUCUGAAUAAUGGGGUGGAGGAGGACCUGGAGACAUACUUGCUUAAUCCUUCCAUUUACACGAUUCAGGAAGUCAUUUGCUUCUGAACCAGUGGUAUUGGUGUGGAAUGAAAGAUGGUUGAAGACACACGCAGUGUCAAAGGACAUGGCAUUAAAGAAGAGCACUGGGCUGCUUAUGAAAUUUUCAAUCUGUAUUUCUAUUAAUCGGAAACAAAAACAUGCCAAAUCCUCAGAAACUACUCAUCAACGUGACCGUAUCCUGUUCUCCAGCAGGGUUUUUAUUUGCAUGGCCUUAUCUACAACGGACAGUUAUUUUUCCUCCUCCUUCUCUUCCUCCAAAAGAUUAAGGGGAAAAAAAGCAUGUGCUGCCUAAUACUAGCAUUCCACAUCACGGACUGUUGCCUGCUCUUCAGAUAGUUGAAACUGCACUGAAAGAUGCAUUUGUCUGUAAUUUUUUUUUGUAAAUGACUUAUCACCUGUAAAGUCACCAAAUAAAUAUU